AUGGCAUCACCUCUUUUUGACGCAAUUAUUCUCGGGGCAGGCCCGGCCGGCCUCUCAGUGGCCACCGGCCUUGCACGUCAACUACACACUGCUGUAGUCUUCAAUACAGGCACUUUUCGAAAUUCCAAGGCUAAGCAUAUGCACAAUGUUGUUGGCUGGGAUCACCGCAAUGCAGGUGAUCUUCGGGCUGCAGCUCGCCGGGACCUGCUCGUCCGCUAUUCAACAGUUCAGUUUCAGGAUAUCGGUAUAGAUAGAAUUCAAAAGCUUUCAACAGGUACCUUUGAGGCUACAGACGCAACCGGUAAAAUAUGGCGUGGGCGCAAAGUCGUUAUGGCUACAGGAGUGAGGGAUGUCUACCCGAACAUUGACGGGUAUUCGGAUUGUUGGGCUGAUGGGAUUUUUCACUGUCUUUUCUGCGACGGAUACGAAGAGAAGGGCGCGAAGUCGGCAGGUGUUUUGGCGACUGAUCUUCUUCAAGAUACUCACCGCGCGAUACACGUCGCACGCAUGGCCAAGAGGCUGGCUGAGACCGUAACAAUAUACACAAACGGCAAUCAAGACAUUGCCACGGCCCUUCGGAGCGCCAUUCACCAUGACGGUUAUAACAUCGACUCCCGUCCUUUUGCGAGGUUGGGGAAAGGCCCUUCAGGAGCCCUUGUUAAGAUUCACUUUCAAGACUGCAGUUCUGCAGAAGAAGGCUUCUUGGCCCAUGCCCCGAAAUACAUUCUUGACGAUACUUUCAUACAGCAACUUGGACUCCAGACAGUUUCAAGUGGAGAGAUUGAAGUCUCCCAGCCAUUCAAUGAGACUUCGGUGUCUGGUGUUUUUGCUGCUGGCGACUGUGCUACUAUACUGAAAACUGUUACCCAGGCGAUUGCCAUGGGAACAGCAGCAGCAGGAGGGAUCGCGUCGCAAGUACAGGCUGACAUGGAGAAUGAAGCUUAA